CGCCUCAAAUCCUCCCUCUGGUACAGCGUCGGCAACAUCAUCGACGCAAUCUCUCUCGAUCAAGAUUUAAACGCCACACCACAAUUCAUCGGUGCUUUGACCGAGUUGGUGUGGAGUCAGAUACUANCCUCUGGUGCUGAUUUGGAAGGGUUUGCUAGAGAUAUAGUGGAUGUUAAGGAUGUGUUGUUGCUUGUGCGUAGGAAUGAGCAAUUGAAGGAGGUGUUGGAAGAGGCGUUGAAGGAGAUUAAGCAGUGA